CAACCGCAGUCCUAAUACGGCGCCAUGGCAGUUGCAGGGGCGGAUGUUCUGGAUGACCUCUUCAUAUGGGCUGUCACAACACCAUCCGACCCUUUGAAGGACCCACAGAUGCCAUCCUCGGCUGAAUUAGAUGCCAUGUUUCAAGCGAACUUGAUGACCUUAACGUCGGCCUGCGCUCAAAGCCGUGAAGACAAGCUGAAGCUGGCGAGGAGGUGCAGAUCUAUCAGCAGAAAAGGUGAUCUGGAAAUGCUGGCCAGGACGCGCUUUUUCGCUGCGGGGCACCACGAUGGCAUUCAUGCACGUGUUGAUGGCAUUGUCCUGCCAGUGGGCCAGUGGGUGGGUGCCUCCCGUGGCAUUGCGGUAUAUGCCGAUGCUGCUGCGGCUCGCCGGUCGCUGGCUAGGACGCACCUUGUUGGCGGAACUCCAUCCCGUAGCGUGCUGCUGGAGGUUUCUUGUCGCGGGAUGCCCACCGUGGUGGAUGCGGCAAGCUGGAAGCUCCGGUUUCCUGAAGUCUGCCUGCGCGAGGAGAAGGGCCGGCGCAAAGAGCAUUGGGGAGCCCUGGGCGUCCGAGAGUGGACAGCUGGCGAUGAAUCGCGGCAAAGCGACCUUGCAAAGCGAAGCGCCCUGCUCCGUGAACGUUUCUCCCCGAGCUUCGAAGUGUCCUGUUCCCUGUGAGCCAAUGCACACGUUUGCACAAAGCUUGCAGAUGUGAGCUAUUGCAGCUAUUGUUUUGGCUAAUGCUCCAUAGUGUCGUGGCAA